AUGGCGAGGGCGGGGAUGCCGGGGGAAGGAGAGGAGGACGAGGCCCGGCCCGCGCCUCGCCUCCUCGGCGAUGACGACGGCGACGGGGGCAGGGAUGCCGUGAAGCAGCAGCAGGAGGGCGGCGGCGAGUCGCGCGCGGUGGGGAGUGCCGAGUGA